ACCCCGGAGCCGGCUGCGAAGUAUUGUCCGGCUUCUGGAGCCCUAACAAAGCGUCCCUCCCCGCUUUGCAGAGCACUGGAGGCAGCGGCCGGCUGUGCGGGCGCAACGGAGAGGCCGACAGAAGGUGAGCGCUGCGGGCGAUGGGAUGGAUGAGGCAGAGCAGGACCAGCAUGAGGCCCGACUCAAGGAGCUGUUCGACAGUUUUGACACGACGGGCACCGGGUCCCUGGGACAGGAGGAGCUCACCGACCUCUGCCACAUGUUGAGCUUGGAGGAGGUGGGCCCGGUGCUGCAGGAGACGCUGCUGCAGGACAACCUCCUGGGCCGGGUGCAUUUUGACCAGUUUAAGGAAGCAUUAAUACUUAUCUUGUCUAGAACUCUAUCAAAUGAAGAGCACUUUCAAGAACCAGACUGCACUCUCGAAGCUCAGCCCAAAUAUGUUAGAGGUGGGAAGCGUUAUGGACGCAGAUCUUUACCUGAAUUUCAAGAAUCCGUGGAGGAGUUUGCAGAGGUGACCGUCAUUGAGCCACUCGAUGAAGAAGCACAGCCUUCACACAUCCCAGCCAGUGAGCGCAGCGAGCACUGGAAGACGCAGCGCAGCGAGGAGUAUGAAGCGGAAGGCCAGUUAAGAUUUUGGAACCCAGAUGAUUUGAAAGCCUCACAGAGUGGGUCUUUGGCUCCCCAAGACUGGAUAGAAGAGAAACUGCAGGAGGUUUGUGAAGAUUUGGGGAUCACUCGUGAUGGUCACCUAAACCGAAAGAAGCUGGUCUCCAUCUGCGAGCAGUAUGGUUUGCAGAAUGUUGAUGGAGAGAUGCUUGAAGAAGUCUUCCAUAAUCUUGAUCCUGAUGGUAUGAUGAGUGUAGAAGAUUUUUUCUAUGGCUUGUUCAAAAAUGGAAAACCUCUUACACCAUCAGCAUCUACCCCAUAUAGACAAUUGAAAAGGCACAUCUCCAUGCAGUCUUUUGAUGAGAGUGGACGCCGGACCACCACCCCGUCUGCAAUGAUGAGUACCAUUGGUUUCCGGGUCUUCUCCUGCCUGGAUGAUGGGAUGGGCUAUGCAUCAGUGGAGAGAAUACUUGACACCUGGCAGGAAGAAGGCAUUGAGAACAGCCAGGAGAUCCUGAAGGCCUUGGAUUUUAGCCUGGAUGGAAAUGUCAACUUGACAGAGUUGACACUGGCUCUUGAAAACGAACUUUUGGUCACCAAGAACAGCAUUCACCAGGCAGCUCUGGCCAGUUUUAAGGCUGAGAUUCGGCAUUUGCUGGAGAGAGUUGAUCAGAUGCUCAGAGAAAAAGAGAAGCUACGGUCUGAUCUGGACAAAGCUGAGAAGCUGAAGUCUCUAAUGGCCUCAGAGGUGGACGAUCACCACGCAGCCAUAGAGCGGCGGAAUGAGUACAACCUCAGGAAACUGGAUGAAGAGUACAAGGAGCGAAUAGCAGCCUUAAGGAAUGAGUUUCGAAAGGAGAGAGAGCAGAUCCUGCAGCAGGUGGGCAAGCAGCGUUUGGAACUUGAGCAAGAAAUCGAAAAGGCAAAAACAGAGGAGAAUUACAUCCGGGACCGCCUCGCACUCUCUUUGAAGGAAAACAGUCGUCUAGAAAAUGAGCUUCUGGAGAAUGCAGAGAAGUUGGCAGAGUAUGAGAGUCUGACAAACAAACUUCAGCGAAAUUUGGAAAAUGUUUUGGCAGAAAAGUUUGGUGACCUUGAUCCCAGCAGUGCUGAAUUCUUCCUGCAAGAAGAAAGACUGACACAGAUGAGAAAUGAAUAUGAGCAGCAGUGCCGGCUAUUACAAGACCAAGUAGACGAACUCCAGUCUGAACUGCAAGAAUAUCGUACACAAGGCAAAGUAUUCAGGCUUCCCUUGAAGAACUCACUGUCAGAAGAGCUUGAUGUUAACAGUGGUUGCAUCGAGCCUGACCAGGGGCUCGGUUCUGAAGAAUGCAAUCCACUGAAUAUGAGCAUCGAGGCAGAGCUGGUCAUCGAGCAGAUGAAAGAACAACAUCACAGGGACUUGUGUCACCUAAGACUGGAGCUUGAAGAUAAAGUGAACUAUUAUGAAAAGCAGCUAGAUGAAACCAAAGUUGCCUUUGAAAAGGAGCAGGAGAACAUGAAGCUCAAGUGUGAGAAUGAAGUACACAUCUUAGAAGAACAAAUAAGUGACCUUAAAAAUAAAAUUGCAGAACUCCAGGGCCAGACAGAAGUACUCAAGGAGGCACAACACAUGGCUGUCUGCAGACAUGAGGAGGAGAAAAAACAGCUGCAGAUGAAGUGGGCCGAGGAAAAGACUCACGUGCAGGAGGAGCUGCGGCUGGAGCAUGAGAUGGCCCUCAGGGCUAGGCUGCAGCAAGUGGAGGAAGGCUUUAACAGAGAGAGGGAGAAACUUGUUCAAAAUGGCGCCUGGACAGAGGAGAAGGUGAGGGGCUUGACUCAGAAACUAGAACAAGCUCACCAGGAGCAGCUGAAAAGCCUGGUGGAGAAACACAUUCUUGAGAAAGAGGAAUUGCAAAAAGAGCUCUUGGAAAAACACCAAAGGGAACUGCAUGAGGGAAGGGAAAAAAUGGAAACUGAGUGUAAUAGAAGAACCUCUCAGAUAGAAGCCCAGUUUCAGGCUGACUGUCAGAAAGUCACUGAGAGAUAUGAACACGCCCUGCGGAGUCUGGAGGCGCACUACCGCCAACAGCUGAAGGAGCUCCUGGACCAGCAAUGUGAGGAGAGGUCCCAGUGGGAGUUCGAGAAGGACGAGCUCACCCAGGAGUGUGCGGAAGCCCAGGAGCAGCUCAGAGAGACUCUGCAGAGGGAGAAAGCAACCUCUUUGGUCCUCACCCAGGAGAGAGAGAUGCUGGAGAAAACAUACAAGGAGCAUUUGAAUAAUAUGGUUGUUGAGAGAGAGCAGCUGCUACAGGACCUGGAAGAUCUGAGAAACGUGUCUGCAAGUCAGCAAAGUCUCCUGUCCAACCAGAUACUUGAGCUGAAGAGCAGUCACGGAAGAGAGCUGAAGGACCGUGAGCAGGUCCCGGGCCAGGCAGGCACCUCAGAGCAGCUGGCCAGCCAGAGGCUUGAACGGCUGCAAAGGGAACAUGACCAGGAGACGCAGGAAAUGAUGUCCAAGCUUCUGGUCCUGGAGAGUGUCCACAGAGCAACCUGUGAGAAAGCAGAUCGAGAGAGGGCUGAGAUGAGCACAGAAAUCUCCAGGCUCCAGAAUAAAAUCAAGGAGAUGGAGCAGGUAGUGUCUCCUCCCUCCAGGCUUCAGAAUAGCUGUCAGGUGAUAGGAGGGGAGGAGGCAGAAGAAAAUGGCGCCAUGUCCCUGCUUCAGCAAGGAGAACAGCUGUUGGAAGAGAAUGGAGAUGUUCUCUUAAGCCUGCAAAGAGCCCAUGAACGAGCCGUGAAGGAAAACGUGAAAAUGGCAGCUGAAAUUUCUAGGUUGCAGCAGAGGCUGCAAAAAUUAGAACCAGAGUCAAUAAUGUCCUCUUCUUUCGAUGAACCAGCUACUGGGCUCUUUGGAAACUCAGUGGAACAAACAGAGCCAUUUUUACAGCCAAACCGAAUCAAACAAGCAGAAGGCGGAACGACGCAGCGUAUUCUCAAUGACCUACAAGGCGACGAGGUCCGUGACCUCGAAAGUACAGGGGCGAGCUCUGGUCAGAGACAGGUCAGAGUAGAGGAGUCUGAAGCAUCACUAGAGAGUUUUUCCGAGCUCGGAAAUAGUGAGGAGACCAGAACUGAAACCUGGGACCUGAAGAACCAGGUCGGCCAGCUUCGGGAACAGUUAAUGAUCUUACGUGCAGACUGCGAUCGAGCGUCUGAAAAGAAGCAGGACCUACUGUUUGAUGUUUCUGUGCUAAAAAAAAAACUGAAGAUGCUUGAAAGAAUUCCUGAAGCUUCCUCCAAGUAUAAACUGUUAUACGAAGAUGCCAGUAGAGAAAAUGAAUGUCUUCAGGAAGAGCUGAGGAUGAUGGAGACACGCUACGACGAAGCACUGGAAAGUAACAAAGAGCUCACUUCAGAAAUGUUCAGAUUACAGGAUGAGCUAAAGAAGGUUGAAGAAAUGACUGACACAUUCCUUAGCCUGGAAAAGAGUUACAAUGAGACCAAAAGAGAAAACAAGGAACUGAAUGUUCUGGUUUUGAGACUUCAAGGCAAGAUUGAGAAGCUCCGAGAAAGAGCAGCACUGCAGUGUGACUGCUUCUCCUUAUGGGAAGCCCAUUUGGAUAACCUGGAAGUCGGACCUGAUGAAAAGGUCUUUGAACGAAACCAAACACUGGAUGAGCAUGUACCAAAUGUUAUGAGUGUGCACCAUGUUAUAGAAGAACAUUUGUAUCAAGAAAACCAGUACCUAGAACAGGAGAAUACACAGCUCUUAGAGAAAGUAAAAGCACAUGAAAUUGCCUGGCUACAUGGAACACUCCAGACACAUCGAGACAAGCCUGGAGCACAGAACCGAGUUAUACUGGAGGAAAACACUGCUCUCCUCGGCCUUCAAGACAAGCAUUUUCAGCACCAGGCCACCAUCGCAGAGUUAGAACGGGAGAAAAAAAAGCUGCAGGAGCUGACUAGAAAGUUGAGGGAAAGAGUCACUGCUUUAGUCAAGCAAAAAGAUGUACCUUCUCAAGGAGAAAAGGAGGAAGAGCUGAAGGCAAUGAUGCAUGACCUGCAAAUCACAUGCAGUGAGAUGCAACAGAAAGUUGAGCUUCUGAGAUAUGAAUCUGAGAAGCUUCAAGAGGAAAAUUCUAUUUUGAGAAAUGAAAUUACUACUUUAAAUGAAGAAGACAGCAUUUCUAACCUGAAAUUAGGGAAAUUAAGUGGAUCUCAGGAAGAAAUGUGGCAAAAAAUAGAAACUGUACAACAGGAAAAAGCUGCAGUUCAGAAAAUGGUUGAAAAUUUAAAGAAACAGAUUUCAGAAUUAAAAACCAAAAACCAACAGUUGGAUUUGGAAAAUAUGGAGCUUAGCCAAAAGAAUUCUCAGAAUCAGAAAGAGCUGCAAGAACUUAAUCAAUGUCUGGCAGAAAUGCUAAGCCAGAAGGACAAAGAGCCAGGACACAGUGCAUGUGAGGAAUGGGAACAAGAAAAGUCUAAUCUCAAAGAAGAACUGGAACACUGUAAAUUGCAGUCUUCCUCUUUAGUGUCUUCUUUGGAGGCAGAACUUUCUGAAGUUAAACUACAGACUCACAUUGUGGAACAGGAAAACCUCCUUCUUAAAGAUGAAUUGGAGAAAAUUAAACAACUCUGCAGAUGUCCUGAUCUCUCUGACUUCCAGCAAAAAAUUUCUAGUAUUCUAAGCCACAAUGAAAAACUGCUGAAAGAAAAGGAAGCUCUAAGUGAAGAAUUAAAUAUCUGUGUUGAUAAGUUGGCAAAAUCAAGUCUUUUAGAGCACAGAAUUGCUACUAUGAAGCAAGAACAGAAGUCUUGGGAACACCAGAGUGAAAGCUUAAAGUCACAACUAGUGGCUUCACAGGAAAAGGUUCAGAACUUAGAAGACACCCUUCAGAAUGUAAACCUACAAAUGUCCCGAAUUAAAUCUGAUCUACGGGUGACUCAGCAGGAAAAGGAGGCUUUAAAGCAAGAAGUGAUGUCUCUACACAAGCAACUUCAGAAUGCCAAUGACAAGAACCAGGCCCCAGAAAUAGGCACCCAUCCAUCAGGAUUCCAUAACCAACAGCAAAGUCUGUCCUGGGACAAGCUGGAUCACCUGAUGAAUGAGGAACAACAGUUACUUUGGCGAGAGAAUGACAGAGUCCCAACCAUGGUACAGAACACCAAACCGGAACUCAUACUCUCCCGGGAGAAGGUCCGUCAGCUGGAAUCCAACCUCCCUUCUCCUAAGCACCAAAAACAUCUAAACUUCUCAGGCACUGUGAAGCCCACAGAGCAGGAGAAGUUGAGCUUAAAGAGAGAAUGUGAACAGUUUCAAAAGGAGCGAUCUCCUGCGAAUAGGAAGGUUGGUCAGAUAAAAUCCCUUGAACGAGAAUUAGAAACAAUUCAUCUGGAAAAUGAAGGCCUGAAAAAGAAACAAGUAAAACUGGAUGAACAGCUAAUGGAGAUGCAGCACCUGAGGUCCACUAUGAUGCUUAGCCCAUCCGCUCAUGCUUGGGAACUGCAACUGCUCCAGCAGCAGGCCUGUCCAGUGGUUCCCAGGGAGCAUUUUCUGCAGCUUCAACACCAGCUGCUGCAGGCAGAAAGGAUAAACCAGUGCCUGCAGGAGGAACUUGAAAAUAGGACUUCUGAAACCAACACACCACAGGGAAACCAGGAAUACCUGGUAACUGUCAUGGAGGAACGAAUGUUGGAAGUUGAACAGAAAUUGAAACUGGUGAAAAGACUUCUUCAGGAGAAAGUGAAUCAGCUCAAAGAACAACUCUGCAAGAAUACCAAAGCAGAUGCAAUAGUGAAGGAUUUGUAUGUGGAAAAUGCCCAGUUGUUGAAAGCUCUGGAAAUGACUGAACAGCGACAAAAAACAGCAGAGAAGAAAAAUUACCUCCUAGAGGAGAAGAUUGCCAGCCUCAGUAAUAUAGUCAGGAAUCUGACACCAGCACCACUGACUUCUACACCUCCCUUGAGGUCAUAACCAAGCCAAAGGAUGAACACUCGUAAUUGUGCACUUUACUGAAAUGGAUGGGACAUUUCAGAUAUUCUCUCAACUGUUGUUGUUGUUGUUUUCUUAGAAACCUUUAGUGGCUUAAAGUUAAGCCUAACCUAAAACUUCCAGGAACAGAAUUAAAGUCUCUAUUCACUGUAAUUAGUUUUUCUAAAUAGACUGUAAUGGAAGUUGCAAACAAAUAUCUAUUUCACUGAACUGUUCCCAAGCUUUGAGUUUUUAAAAAAUAUUCUAAUAACCAUCAAGCAGGUGAUAUGAAAACAAUUCAAGAAUUUUAAAACCCCAGUUUUGAAUGAGUUUUUCAAAAUUACUAUUAUGUACAAGUUGUUAUGUAAAUUGCAGAUUUUUAAAAAUUGAGAUAUUAUUAAUUGGUUGUUUUGACCUUUAUUUUAAAACAAAAUGUAUGUCUUCUCAUACACUUAAAUAUGGAAGAGUCAUUCUGUUUCUAGUAGUUUGGGUUUUUUAAUUGUUAGACUUUUUGUUUGGUAACAGAAACUAGAGUCAAUAACCACUGAGGUCAGAAAAGGCAGAAUUCAUAGAACUCUACCUUCUAAUACCUAUGACAGUAUUACCACUCUUGAUGUCUUAUAGAUAUAAAACUCAUUUACUCAACUGCACUGUAAACUAAUGUUAAAACUUUACUUUCUUUAAACAGUCUUUUUUUUUUUUUCCUUCUUAGAAGUUUCUUUGGGAGUUUGUCUUCUAAGAAAUGGAUAAAGCCACAUUCUUAAAGCAUUUGAACUAUAGGGCAAGCACUGAACAAACAGACUGCUUUGGAGUAAACAGCUAAUCCUGAAAGAGAGAGGAAGCAAGCCAUGUGGAUUUUUCUCUCUUUAAGGUCUUGGAGUUCAUGAACUUAUAUUUGGAGUUGCAUCAAGAACUCAGGGAACAAUACUUUAAGUCAUCUUCCUGAAAUACUGUAGGGCUCUUUAAAAAUUUGAAAUGUAUAAAAUAUGUGACCUUAUUUAUUUGUUGUAUAUUUAGAGCCAUAAUGGGAUUUUUAUUUCUACAUUUUUAAUGAAUUUACUCUUCUGGGGAAAGGGCCUUGCUUUUAGAGUUAAAAACCUCUUUUAACUUACGGAAGAGUUAUUAUUUGCUUGUUUGUUUAAUGUGGGUCAAAAUUUCCAUGCUUCCUAUUCCUCUGUACCUUGAAUCUGAUCAUAAGAAUUUUUUACUGUAAUAAGAACUGGCAUGCCUUCUGAGGUAAAGGAGCACCAAAUAGGAUUUUCCAAUCAGUCUCAAGACUAGAACAUUAUAGAACAGUAAACGUUUUGAAUAACUUUUUCCCCCAGAUAAAAUCCCCGCUUCUAGCCUACUUCAGCGAGGAAUUGGUUGGUAAAGAACUUUGUGUGUGGCAUGCAAACAGACAUUAUCACAGCCACCUAUUUGUUUUUGUGGAAGGGUAAUUAGAUCACAAAAAUCCACUCUGCUCUAUUCCAGGAAAGUCAAGUCCAUCAAUUUUUUUAUAAGAGGUAUCACAGCAAAAUCAAACACUACCUUUGGGCAGGAACAAAAGGCAAAGCAAACUGCUAAUGAAAGCUCUAUUAUCAGAAAUUCCUAAUUUCCCCCUGGAAAAGAAUUAAUUUUAAUCCCUCCCUAUAGUUAUAUUUAAAAACAUUUGAUAUCUGCUGUCAUACCUUCCAUAAUCAUUUUUCUCCAGUGCAGACAGUACUAAACUCAACUAUUUAUGCAGCACUGACUUUAACACUUAAAACUGUAGCUAGGCCUAGGGUAAGAUCAUAAAUAAACUAAGCACCUGUGGUGUUUUUAUGUGAUAUGCUUUAAGUUAUUCAAGGCUUUUGCCAUCAGAACUGAACACCAAGCAUACUUCUCAAAUAGAUGGCUUACCAUAUGAUCACAUAUGUUGUAUUUUUAUCUUUAUUUUUUACAUUAUGAAAAGUAUAGGUUAAUUUGUUUAUUUCUUAUAAAUCUGUAUUUAUAUGUAUAUAAAGUGCUGUACAAUGAGUGUAAAUAUGACUUCUGGAAAGUUUUAGACAACAUUUAGAAUCCCUUUAAAAUCAAAACGCUGCUCAAAUGAAAGUUAAUUUAAUAUCUAGGUGCUUACUUUUUGUUUUACUGAACUUAUAAGACUGGAAAAAAGAUCAACACAAGUAGAGUUACCUUAAAUUUAUAUAUUUGUGCAGCAGAUUAUUUUUGUAGACUAGAGUGGGAAUUUAACUGGCAAUUUAUAAUAUAGCUUACAGCUUUUAAAAAACUUUUAAAGAGAUUAAAUUUAAACUAUUAAAUAUUUAGAUUUUGCUUUCAAACUUUAUAAUAGGACUCCUUAAAAUCAUGUUAUAUAUUUUAUAGGCAUUAAUUCCUAGUUUAUUAAAAGUAAUGGUUGUUAAAUUCAUUUGAUUUAAGAACAGUUAGUUAAAUUAGUUUUAGGAGAUAGGAUCUUCAUUUCAAGGAAAGAGAAUCAAGUUUGCCAUUUUGAUAAUAUGUUACCCUUAGAAAGGGAAAAUGUGAAUAAUAAAACCUACAUUGUUCUAUUUUGCUUUCUUCUGCUUUUUAGAAGCCUGAGCUCUUAAGCUCAAAUUUGUAAGGUGAGAAAAGUGGAUGGGGAGGAUAGAACCAACCACAGUAUUUAUUUUUCUAAAACUUAAUAAACCCAGAUUUUUAAAAACUAUUGUAAAUGUGAAUUCUUCCCAGAAGCUUCAAAUGCAUUGUUUAUAUAUUUAACCUUAAACAUAUGGAGAUCACAAAGUCAUAGGCUUUCAAGGUAUAGGAGGAGUUCUUACAGGUCUAGCAUUUUGAUAAUGUACCAAUACCCAGAGUAGGUAUUAUGAUGAGGAACUUUUGUUUUUUUUUUUAAGAAUGAGUAAAACUUCAACGUGUGAAAAUGAAUUUUUUAUUUCUGUGAUUUCUUUUUUUCUGAGUGACGGAAAAGAGAAAUGCGUUGCUAUUGUCAGCAUCGUAAAGAUAUUCCCACUCAAGGUAAGGCUAAGUGCUUUGUGACAGUAUUGUCCUGUUUUGAAUGAAUUACCAAGUGACUAACUGAAAUGAUAUAAAUUAUGAAAGUAAUGCCAAAACUAAGUCAAAACCUAAUAGCCAAAGCAUUCGUUACUUAAAAGUUAUUAAUUAUAUCAUGUUUGGACCUAUUUGAACAUCUCAGCCCUGUAAAACAUUUUUGGUUUUAUGACAUAUGGAUAGCAGUUUAAUAAUAAAUCUAUCCAAGUCAGCUUUUCGUUUCUCAGUUUUUUUUUAAUGAUAUACAUUAAAUCUGUUCUUAUUGGAAGACAUUAUCACAGCAUGAUUGAAAGGAACAUUGGUUUUGAAAAGGAAAACCUGAGUUCAUCUAUAGCCAUCGCUAGAAUUUUCAUGUAAAGAUAAAUGUGUGUGUUUUUAUCGACUUGGUAUAUUUCACCUUAGUCAUUCUAUCCUAGAAUUAUUUUACCAUGAGCUUAAAAUGUAAAUAAAUAAUUUUGCAAAUAUG